ACGCACCGAAGUGGUGAUAAAGUGGGCGUGUCGUAUGCAAAUAUAGCCACAUGACCAAUGAUAGCAAAUUGCAGGGAGCGCUCAUUUAACAAGCGUUACGCCGAUUGAAGCGUUGUCGGCCAUCUUGGACUCGGGAGCAGAACAACUCACUAAUUUGCGCUCUUUUAAAUCAUUGUAAUCACCCCAGCGGGAGGUCUAAAGCCACCCCGACAACCAUACAACUGAAACAGGGAGGCCUAAAAGACUCUGGUAACUUCCCGGUGUAGAAGACCCACUGCCAGCCUAAGAACGCUCCUAAAAAACACGCGAGGCGGUAGGAGCGGGCAAGGAUGGUGCAAUCCUGUUCUGCUUACGGCUGCAAGAACCGCUACGACAAGGAUAAACCCAUCUCCUUUCACAAGUUUCCACUGACGAGACCUCUCCUGUGCAAGAAAUGGGAAGCUGCAGUUAGGAGAGCCGACUUUAAGCCAACUAAGUAUAGUAGUAUCUGCUCUGACCACUUUACACCAGACAGCUUUAAAAGAGCCUGCAAUAAUAAACUUCUGAAGGAUAAUGCAGUUCCAACUGUGUUCUCUUACACCGAGAUCAAGCCAACAAGUGUCUCUGUGAAAAAGGAGGAGCAAAGUAUGCCAGUACCUCCUUCUGUUCCCGAAAUGGACCCUGCUAUUGGAUUAUUGCUCCCUCCUCUAUACACACCCAGUCAUAUAGCAGUCAUUUGUGAUCACAAUUACACAGUGGAGGAUACAGUGCAUCAGAGAAGGCGAAUACAACAAUUGGAAGAGCAAGUUGACAAACUCAGGAAAAAGCUUCGAAUUGCAAACCAGAGAUGCAGAAGACAAGAACGCAACCUGGAAAAACUUGAAAGAGAGGUUUCCGAUUACAGAAAUGGAACUGGCAUUGUGCUUCUCCCCAGCAAUUAUUUUGAACUUUAUAAUGAAAGUGAAACUGAAACAACUGAAGCCCAAACAAUUAUCAUCUGAUU